AUGACUUCUCCGGGAGGUCUGAAUCUCCCAAUAGUUUCGAACAAUUUUGCCUGCAAUAAUUCCCCGAUGAAUGACUACACAAAGACUGGUGCGGGCUCGGCUGGCGGUAACGGAGCAGAUUCUGCUUUUGUGGAGGAACGAGAAGUUGCUAUACCCAACACCACAGCUAUCUCAAACCCUAAUGAUUCGGAUGUGGGGGCUGAAAAAAUGCCCAACUCCAAAUCGUAUGCUGAUAUCACGAUGAACAGGCCACCGAGACGUCCCGACCUAGCUGCUCAUCGGUUUCACUCAUUACGUCCCACCAAAGAGGGAGAGCAGUUUUCCUUAAAAGUUCCACAGCACCUAUAUGCGCAAAAAGUCAGUAAGGAAUUCUCUCAUGCUAUUAUUGGUCGUCUUCUCCUUCGUAAAGGAGACAAACCUCAACCUGCAUUGCUUCUCAAGGCAGAACUUCACAAAAUUUGGAAAUUAGAAUCUGAGUGGCAACUUAUUCCUCUUGGGAAAGGGUAUUAUACGCUGGCUUUCCGGACUCCUGAAGACAAAACUCGUGCUAAAGCCAAGCCGGUCUGGGAAUUAUCUUGUGGUCAUGUACGUCUUCGAGAAUGGUCCAAACACUUUGAUCCAUUUAAAGAGCAUUCUUCCAUGGCGAAUAUAUGGGUGAGGAUACAUUAUUUGCCAAUUGAGUAUUGGCAUCCUGAGAUUCUAGUCGGGAUUGGGCGGUACAUUGGUCAUCCUAUUAAAAUUGAUGGAGCCUCGGCUCGUCGUGAUUUUGGGCAGUUCGCGCGCCUUCUUAUUGAGUUAGAUAUGUCCAAAUCCUUUCCUACUACCCUCUUAAUUGAUAACGAUACUUUUUCGUUCUAUGUUGAAUUCACGUAUGAGAAUUUACCUUUCUAUUGCUCAAAAUGUAAACUUACAGGACAUCCCAACGAAAAGUGUCAGAAAAUUUCGGUUAAGAAGGUUGUGGAAGAGGAUGUUCAAGAUAGAAGUCAACAGCCUUUGGUUAAAAAUGGGAAACAGUGGCAACCUAUCUCUGGUGAUGCAAGAGACGAGAGAGAACAUGAGCAGGAGACAGCAAAGGGAGAUAGGCCGGUUGAGGUGGGUUCGAGACGCGAAGGCAUACAGAACCGGAGCAAGCAGCGGCGGGUACGUCUUUCUAGGGGUAAAUCUUUGGAUGAUUCCAAUUCUGCUGAACACUACGGCCCUGAUAGGUUGGCCGAGUGUCUAAAACCUUGUAAAAACUCGGUGUUUGAUCAGCCAGUCAACAUUUCUGCGAUCCAUGAUGGCCAUAUCUCGGAGGAGGUUUCGGAUGAGGAUGAAGAAGUGAACUAUGACAGCAGUGGGAAGUACGUUUCCACAACGGAUGAUAUUGCUGUUAAUAAUGCCUUGAAAGCUCAAAGACUUGAGCAGAUUUUGGCGAUAGCUAAAGCGCCCAUGCCAGAAACAGUUGCUCCUGCUAAGCGACGAGGAAGACCAUCCAAACAGGAGCAAGCUGCUAGGGCAGCGGAGAACACAGCCAACAGGCCAGCGGACACAAGCAUUAAAAGUAGACUUCGUAACACGGGUGAUACGUCGCGUACUUUUGUGAUUGAUAAAAGUAAUAGAGACAGCGCUCUAGCCAUGGAGAGCGUCGCCAAAGAGAGCUGGGCGGAAGAGGUGGUUGUGGUGGACUGCCUGUGGCAUAGUUAUGAUUUUCGUAUUGCUUUUGUUCAUGGUUCGAAUGACCAAAAUGACCGCCGUGAUCUCUGGCAUGAUCUUCUUCGUUUCGUCUCUGGAAAAAUGGUUUUCAUGGGCGAUUUUAAUGCGGUGAAAGGUGCUCAUGAGCGUCUGAGUUUAGCUUCGCCACAUAGAGGUUCUUGUGAGGAGUUUUGUGAUUUUAUUGAUGACUCUGGCUUUAUUGAAUCCCCUACGGAGGGGCUUCGUUUCACUUGGUCGGGACGUAGAUUUUUACCACACCAUGUGGAAUCUGUUUUAGAUCGUGCUUUGUUUUCGCAGGGUUUUGCUGAUCUCUGGUCGUCGUUGGUUACUGCUGUCCUGCCUCGCCUCACUUCGGAUCACUCUCCGUUGGUGUUGCAAUGCAAAUUGACAAACCCUACUGGUCGUAGGCCUUUCCGUUUUCUUAAUAUGUGGACCUUGCAUCCGACCUUUCAGGAGAUGGUGGCGACAUCUUGGAGGGAGACUGUCAGCACACGCUGCCCUAUUUUAUGUGUUAUGUUGAAAUUGAAAAGGCUUCGUAAGGAGAUUGGGGUUUGGAAUAAAGAGGUUUUUGGCAAUGUGGAUUCCUCCAUUUCUUCUCUCAUGAAACAGCUUGAGACUACUCAGGGGAAGAUUUCUGCUUCUGGAUACACGAACGAUCUCUUUGAUGAGGAGGUUAGUUUUCAGGCAAAGCUAAAUGUAUCUUUGACACAUAAGAACUGUUUGCUUCAGCAAAAAAGCCGUGCGAACUGGCUUCGGGAUGGAGACAGGAAUACUGAGUUUUUUCACCGUUUGACCAAGUUCAAGAAACGGAAUGCUCCUUUCACUCGCCUCAAGAUUGAUGGUAGAGAGACUUAUGAUGCCACUAUUAUUGAGAAUCAUAUUAUUGACCACUUUACGUCUCUUUUCGCUGAUGAUGGUCGACCUUCUGGAGAUCAGUUAGAGAUUGAUGCGCUUUUUGAGUCGGGGGUGUCUGAUGAUCAGAAUGCGCGGUUGGUAAGUAUACCCGAUGAGAGUGAAAUUGCGGCGGCGGUUUUUAAUAUGGAUGCUUCAAGUGCUCCUGGCCCUGAUGGUUUCUCUGGUAACUUCUUUCAAAGUUGCUGGGAUGUGAUUAAAGCGGAUGUCAUUGCGGCUGUUCAGAAUUUCUUUCGCCAUUCUUAUUUACCUUCUGGGUGUAAUUCCAGUACGAUGAUUUUGAUUCCAAAGAAGGAUUCUGUCGACACUGUUGCUGAUCUUCGCCCGAUUGUCCUUUCGAAUUUCUUAUUCAAGAUUAUCUCGAAGAUUCUUGCCUCUCGUCUUGGCGUGGUGGCUGCGUCUCAUGUUUCUGACAAUCAAUUCGGCUUUAUUAGCGGGCGUAAUAUACAUGAUUGCAUCAUGCUCAGCUCGGAAGGUUUCAACUGUAUGAAACGCACGGACAGGGGACGUAAUAUGGCUUGUAAAGUUGACAUCCGAAAAGCCUUUGAUACUAUUCGAUGGGAUUUUAUCUUGCAAGUUUUGCGAGCUAAUCACUAUCAUGAGAAAUUCAUUUACUGGAUUUCUAUUAUUUUCAGCUCGGCGAGGCUUUCUAUUCUCUAUAAUGGUCAGCUGCGGGGAUAUUUUGCUUGUUCUCGCGGAGUGCGUCAGGGAGAUCCCCUUUCUCCGAUUCUCUUUGGAAUUGCGGAGGAUAUCUUGAGUCGGCUUUUUAGCAGCUGCGUUGAUUCUGGGCAUCUUGAACCUAUGCGAUAUAGUCGAACUUUUCAGUUCCCUACUCACUUGUUCUAUGCGGAUGACGUUAUGAUCUUUUGUAAAGCUACGGUUCGGAAUGCUAGAAAAAUUCAUCAGAUCUUUUCUUACUAUGACUCUAUAUCGGGUCAGCAGUGUAGUCUGGAGAAGUCUUGCAUUUACUUUGGUUCGGGAGUUCUCAAUGACAGGAAAAGUGCUAUUCAUCGUGAGCUCAGUUUCACUACCGGGAACCUUCCUUUCAAUUACUUGGGAGUUCCAAUUUUCGUUGGGCGUCCGAGAGCUUCUUUCUUUCAGGCAAUUCAUGAUAGGAUUGUCCAGAAGUUUGCUCGAUGGAAAGGUCGUCAUCUUUCUAUGGCUGGGAGGCUUUGUUUAGUCAAGUCGGUUAUUCAGAGUUCGAUUGUUCACUCCAUGAUGGUUUACAAAUGGCCAAAAUCGUUACUGCACUCCCUUGACAGGAAAUGUCGUAAUUUCGUUUGGUCGGGAAAUAUUGAUAAACGGCCCAGCUGUGCUGUUAGUUGGGGUAGAGUCUGCUCCCCCUUGAAAGAAGGCGGCCUCGGCAUUAGAUCUUUUACGUUAAUGAACAAAUCUUAUUUGAUGAAGCUGGCUUGGAAGUUAAUUCAGGGAACUGUUUGGGCGCAUUCCAUUCUGAGAUCGAGAUAUCUAAACAAUUUUGGGGUUGCAAAGGAUUCGGUGUCGAACUCUUCUGUUUGGAUUGGGAUGAAAGAAGAAGUCAAUCAGUUGGUGGAUGAUUCUUAUGUUUGUAUUGACCGUGGUGAGCAUACUUACUUUUGGCGGGAUGAUUGGCUUGGCUGGGGCAAAUGGAUCUGGGAGGACUUUAUUCCGAUGAGGAGAUCUAUUCUCUGUUGGCGUGUCCUCCAUGGGCGCUUGCCUACUAUUGAUGUUCUGAUCCGGCAAGGUUUAAUUGCGCCCAAUGCUUGUUCUUUGUGUCUCCGAGAUAGUGAGACGAUUUUGCAUGUGCUUUGGGAGUGCUCGUGUGUUCGCCCUCUUUGGACUGAUUUUUUAGGUUGGUUUGGUAAAGAGAAUCUCUUGGGGUGCAUGGAUAUUCAUUCCUUCUUAGUUCUGGCUUGGAAUCUCUCUUGGAGUUCCCAAAUUGGUUCUUUUUGGAAGGCGGGAAUUAUCACUCUGAUGUGGCGUAUCUGGUCGGGACGCAAUGCGCUUAUUUUUGAGGAUUUGUGCUUUGAUAGACGUGCGGUUUUGGCCUUUGUCAAGGCUUACUUUAUGGAGAUUGAUGGGGUUUUCCGGAAGUUGGGUAAUAUUUCUAAUUCUUGGGCUGACUAUUCUCGAUCACUCGUGCGAUUGGGGUGA